AUGGCCGAGCUGUCAUCGCCCAAGGCCACGCCCAAGCGCAAGCGCGGCGAGCAGCAGCUCCCCGCCACGCCCAUCAAGUUCUCCUUUAAUCCUUCCGGCGCCGACUCGCCCAAGGAGGGCAGCAACAGCCCGCGCUCAAUCGUCGCCCAUCGCUUCCGUGGCCUCGCCCUCGGAGGCGACGACCAAGAAGUUGAGACGGCCGAUCUGCUGACGCGCAAGCGCCUCAGGCCCGACCUCGACCUUGCUGCCGCUGACUCGGACGCGCGGCCAGAGCCCUUCCCCACCUCCUUACCCCAGCCCGAUGUCGCCAUUGCAUCUACAGAAGCCGCCUCGGUCAAGGCCCUGCCCGUCGUCGACCGCCCGCCGGAGCCCAAGUCUCCAAGGAGGAAACGCGCCGGCACCCCCCCGCUGCGUCUCAAAAAGUCGCCCGCCAAGGAUCCCCAGGUGCCCAUUGCCGACCCCGUCAGAGCCGCCCUCACCUGGCACGAGGAUGAAAUCACAAUCUACGACCCAGACGAUGACGACGACGACGGCACCGGCAUCAAUGGCAUCGGCUUCAAGCCCACCCCCGCACUCGCCCACGCCCGCGCCAUGAAGCGUCGCCAGCAAAUGGCCGACUAUCGCAGGCGCGAGGAGAGCGAGGCCCGCACCAAGCGCAGCCAGAGGCGCAUGGCAGACGCCGCCGUGCCGUCGGGCCGCGUCGUCAAGAAAAAGUCGCCCACGCAGAGGGUCCGCUUCGUCGACGCCGAGAGCCACAAGGUUGCCGUCACGACGGCUUGA